AAAACAGACUCAAUUUUGAGAUAAGAACAGAGCAGAGAGAGGAGAGGACGAGGAGACAGGGUGAGUGUUUACUCAGGGUUUUUGCUUUAAUGUCAAACUCUUCAUCUGUAUUAUCAUCUGUUAACGAAAAAUGAUUUACUGGCUAAUGCACUCACAAACUGCAAAGCAAAGAAACCUGACAAGACAAAUAGCUCGAUCAGUUCUUGAUACAGGAAACUGCGUACCUGCAGUUCUUCCUCUUUUUUUAUACACUUGUCUUUUUAGUAACAACAAAAAUGAGAAUCUUUUAAUUUAGUGUCUCAUUUUGAAUCUAAUCCAGUCCCCUUAAUUUUUUAUGAAAGUUCAGGGACCUCAUAGCUUUUUUUGUUUUGUCCAUGAAUCAGAUAAGGAGCCGAGAGAGGCCCUGCAGGGUAGGGAAACAUCAUAUGUAAUUCAGUUAAAAAAAACAAAAAAAAACUCCUGUUUCUUACACUGGUGUAUUAGAAAUUAUUAUUUCUGCCUCCUCCUAGCUGCUGUCCCUUUGAGCCCACUCAGCCUACUUUAAUUUCUGAACACUCUUUUCCUGUUUGUGUCUCACCUGUUUGUUUACUACACCACAUUCUCAGUGCAGCCAAAACCGUCAAAUUUCUUUUCCUUUCUGUUUGAACCAGAGACAUUCAGCUCUUACAGUAAAUAACUGUGAAGAGUCAAAUUAAACUCCAAAUCAGCUAUGUUUUUCUAUUAACAAAAAGAAUAAAAUAGAUAAAAAAGAAGAAUCAGUCAAGAAUAAAACAAUAAAUUAACAUUAACAAUACUGAAUAAUAGUGAUUUUUAAGGAAUGUGAAUUUCAGACUCUUUGACCUGAUCAUACUAGACUGGAUAAGAAAUAACCAAUCAGGACCUUUAUGAUUAAAAUAAGAUAUAGUAUGCAGACAGAUUUUUGACAUGAUGAGCUGUAGAAACUUUAUCAUCUUCAUCUUCACACUCUUUUCCUGUUUGUGUCUCACCUGGUUGUCUACUUUGUCCUCAGGCUGUAUAACUCAGUUUUAUCUUCAAUAAAUUUCCACUACAUCAGAUGGAGAACAUGAAUGAUUCUGUCGAGGAAGAGGAGGGCAGAGCAAAGUCUGUCAUGUCCAGCUGUCUGUCUAUGAAGAGUGAUCGGUCUAAAGGUCUUGAUGUGGUCUUCAGUAAAGAACCAGGACCCUCAGAGGAGGGCAGAGCAAAGUCUGUCAUGUCCAGCUGUCUGUCUAUGGAGAGUGACCGGUCUAAAGGUCUUGAUGUCGUCUUCAGCAAAGGACCAGUACCCUCAGAAGGACAGUAAGAGAAAUACUCUUUAACCUCCAAACUGUCAAACAGUAAUUUAUGAUGCUCUAAAUUCUGACCCCUCCGUUUUAUACCAUGGUGAGAAAAUGAUCUCCUCUGCUCUCAAAAGGUGAUUUUCCUGUUUAACCUGCCAACCUGGAGAAAGUAAAGAAAAAGUCACUGAGCACAUGUUGACUUUUUAUUCCCAAUGUUGAUAAAAAUGAAGGGUGUAUAAAACAGCAUUUGAACAGGAUUCUGACCUCCGUAUUUUCUGAUUUGGUUCCUGUGUUUGAAGCGUUUUGAGCCUGUAAGUCUUUAGACUGUGGUGUAUAGGCCCCAGAAAACAGUCUGUGGGUCACAAAAUACCAGAAAACCGAUGAAGAAAUAAAUCCUGAGAAAUGGAAACUAAUACAGAGCAUCUGUUUGUUAUUAGACCUUUAGAUCUGAUUGGUUAAAAAAAAUGUUUUUAAUUGUCGAAGAAAAUUUCCCUAACCUCAAAAAACAACAACAAUCCCAGCUUAGUUUUUUCUCCUGUCGCGAUACUGUCAGGCAGCAGCAGCUGAAUAUUUUACAGGAGAUUAUUUAUGUUAAAGAAAUGAGUGAGAUCGGAAACUCUGGUUUAAUAAAUGCUUCUUAUUCUGCAUCUUUCAAACAUGAAAUGAUAAUGAUAAAGAAAAUAAAUGUUCUUUAUUUCCACAGAGAGACAGAGAGAUUUGACUCUGUGGAGGGGAAGCUGUCCAGCUUUGAUGGAAGUAAGUCUGAACAUCUGUCCUCUAAAGUCUUCGGGGAUGAAAACACAGCUGAAUCUUUUUUAUCACAAAGAUGUUUUGUGUUGAGCAGUUUGGUUCAUUUAAUUUUUCUUCUCUUGCAGCAGAUCGUGGUCUGCAGGAGGUUUUAGAUGAACAUAAGAUCAGUCUGAAGAGGAGAUGUGAACGUAUGAAUGAAGGAAGUGAUGAAGCAGGAAGUAGUCAAACCCUCCUGAACAGGAUCUACACUGAGCUCUACAUCACAGAGGGACUGAGUGAGAAGGUGAACACCCAACAUGAGGUGAGACAGCUGGAGACAGUUUCAAAGAUGAAGACCCUCCAUGACACAACCAUCAAGUGUCAUGAAAUCUUUAGAGUCUUACCAGGUCGACAGGAAGUCGUCAGAGUGGUUUUGACCAACGGCGUGGCUGGUGUUGGAAAAACCUUCUCAGUGCAGAAGUUCACUCUGGACUGGUCAGAGGGCUUGGAGAACCAAGACCUCAAUCUGGUGAUCCUGCUUUCAUUCAGAGAGCUGAACCUGAUCAGAGAUGAGCCCUACAGUCUUCUGAGUCUGCUCCAUGUUUUCCAUCCAACACUAAAGAAGAUCACAGCAGAGAUGCUGGCUGUCUGUAAACUUCUGUUCAUCUUUGACGGUCUGGAUGAAAGCAGACUGUCUCUGGAUUUCACAGACUCUGAGGUCGUGUCUGACGUCACACGGGAGUCUUCACUUAACGUGCUGUUAACAAACCUCAUCAAAGGGAACCUGCUCCCCUCAGCUCUCAUCUGGAUAACUUCUCGACCUGCAGCAGCCAAUCAGAUCCCUCCUUCAUGUGUGGACAGGGUAACAGAAAUACGAGGCUUCACUGACGCCCAGAAGGAGGAGUACCUCAGGAAGAGGUUCAGUGAUGAAGAUCUGUCCAGAAGAAUCAUCUCACACAUCAAGUCCUCCAGGAGCCUCCACAUCAUGUGCCAGAUCCCGGUCUUCUGCUGGAUCACUGCUACAGUUCUGGAGGACAUGAUGAGCAGAGAGCCGAGAGGAGAUCUGCCCAAGACCCUGACUGACAUGUACUCACACUUCCUGCUGAUCCAGACUAAGAGGAAGAAGCAGAAAUAUGAAAGUGAGACAAGUCCUCUGGAGCUGACGGAGGCUGACAGUGAAGUCCUCCUGAAGCUGGGGAAGCUGGCCUUUGAACAUCUGGAGAAAGGCAACAUCAUGUUCUACCAAGAAGACCUGGAGCGGUGUGGUCUGGAUGUCACAGAGGCCUCAGUGUACUCAGGAGUUUGUACAGAGAUCUUCAGAAGAGAGAGUGUGAUCUUUCAGAAAACAGUUUACUGUUUUGUUCAUCUGAGCGUUCAGGAGUUUCUGGCUGCAGCUCAUGUAUUCCACUGUUACUUCACAAACCCAGGGUUAGUUUUGAUUGGAAAGCCAUCUCUGGAUGUCUACCUGAAGAGUAUCAUGGAGAAAUCCCUUGUCAGUAAAAACGGCCACCUGGAACUGUUGGUUCGCUUCCUUCAUGGACUCUCUUUGGAGUCAAACCAGAGACUCUUAGGAGGUCUACUGGGUCACACAGACAACAGUCCAGAAAUGAUCCAAAGAGUCAUCAACAACCUGAAGGAAAUGAACAGUGAAGAUAUCUCUCCUGACAGAAGCAUCAACAUCUUUCACUGUCUGAUGGAGAUGAACGAUCUGUCAGUUCAUCAGGAGAUCCUAGAGUUCCUGAAGUCAGAGAGCAGAUCAACGAAGGAACUCUCAAAGAUCCACUGCUCUGCUCUGGCCCACAUGCUGCAGAUGUCAGAGGAGGUUCUGGAUGAGUUGGACUUCGAUAAGUAUAACACAUCAGCCCAGGGACGACUGAGACUGAUCCCAGCUGUGAGGAACUGCAGAAAGGCUCGGUGAGUCCAGGUUUUAUUCUCAAAAUAGUGUAAAUCAGCCCUGUAGUUCUUCCAAUGUCCAUGUUACUGAUGAUGUUCUUCUUCAAAUAGAAAUCUGCUGAAAUAUCAGGGAGGGGGUUUCUUUUCCUACUUGUGGACCCCUGAGAACUUAUCAUAAUUGUGGAGGACCUCUUUGUUUUUAAUCCAGUUUAAUUGACCAUGUCUGUAAUGAAUAAAGUAGAAAUUUCAGGACAAAUCAGCGACCAUAUCUGAGGACACACAGAGGUCUUCUGAUGAUAUCAGUCCAGUCCAAAUCAACAUCUCAAUAAAUCAUGGUGAACUCGAGUUUGAAGAAGGUGGCUGCAGCUUUUUCCCUGCUGGUUUUCAGGUUUCAGAAGAAGAAGAAGAAGAACUUUAUUGAUCCCCGAAGGGAAAUUAGAAAUGAUGAAUCCGUUGUAAAUGAGGGUGUUGACAGCAUUCAUGUCUCUUUACCAUAAUGUUAAUCAUUCAAUAGUAAUAAUCAAUACAACAAUAAAAACUAACAUCAUUUUCCACCACUCAUUGGAUAUUAUACGGUGGACUAUUUCAUAUGCAUGAUGAGAGCACAUGAAGAGCGCUCUCUCUCUUUCCCCUCGGUGCUGCAGGUUGGCACUGACACUCUGCCUCAUAACACCUCAUAGUAUGUUGAAACAGCCGUGCUCUUCCACUGUAUGGACACCAUGGGCUCUAUUUUUGUGUACGCCGAUGAGGCAGCGGAGGGUGGCGGACCCCGCGCAGUUGUAUUUUCAUCUGGCGGAGCCAGGCGUACAGCCAGUUUGGUAUUUUCAUGGACUGAGGCGCACGGAGGCGAACCGAGAUCUGCCAAGCGGGGCGUGGUGGCGUGGCAGGGGGAGGUGUCGACAGAAUCAGCGGGCGCAGUGACAUUUUCGUGCUCACCAGUGGCGUGUAAAGUGCGCUGAAAGCUCGCUGAUUCAAACCUGGUCAGCCUUCAGCGCAUGGCGGAGCGCAGCUGGUCUAGUGGUAUUUUGGUAGACCGGCGGCGUAUCAGCAUUCAUCACCGAUGCCUCACAGGCAGGUUUCCACAGUGUCAGGCACAUUUCAGUGCAAUAAAGAAUCAUCAACAACUAUUAACCUGAGUCAGUACAUACAUUUAGAUCUAUAUAGGUAUAUUCUGAUCUAUAUCUGAUCUGAUGAGCACUUUUGGCACGCGUUUGGACACACUACCUGAACAAAUGAACACAGCUGAAACCGCAUUAAAUUAGAUUAAAUAUCUAGUAAAUAAACACACAUAAUGAAGUUAAAGAUAUUUAAUUUGUCCCCCUCCCUUUCUUUCUUCCUCUUCCUCUUAUUUCUCAUGCAGCUCGACCUGGACAUGUCUCUGUGUCCUCUCUCGGUCCUGCUGCAGCUGCUGCUGCGGUGGCUGAACAGAUGAUUUGUUUCAGUGAUCAGAUGAGUUUUUUACUUUAAGCCUACAUACAGAUAUUAUAAUAUUCAGUUUUGUGAGCCAAAUUUAUUUUAUAUGGCAACAUCUAUGAAAGAAAGAGCCCGGGCCAAGAGCGCGAUUCGUCAUUUACGCACAGAUGGUUCCGAUUUUAAUGCCAUUUUUGGAAUUUAUGAUGUGAUCUGUGCGCACAACCCACCUUUGUCACGUGAGGUUUGAAUAUGUGCAACUUUAUGUGAGUUUCUUUAUUUGUGGAAAAGGGUGUUUGUCUUACUAGUGGGUCCAACAUUACACACAGCAAAUCCAUCUAUGCUCAUAUGAGAGAGUGUGGAGGACGCCCUCUGCAGCGCUUACAGCGACACUUGUUGAGGGGCUGCCUUCUGUCGCCAUCAUGUGGCAUUGCUGUCUUCAGCCAUCUCUUGAUCUCUUUGACUACUUCAUGAAAAUUGUAAUACGCCUUGCCGGUGGCGGAUUUAAAGGCAAGGAGAGGAGCUGAUGUUAUUGGUCAAUACAGGUCUCGGCUGUGUUAAACCCACUCCAUGCCCUCUCUCCUCCCUCGCUACGACUUACGCCGCUGGGAGGAGCUGAGUUAGGGAGGGGGGAUACUAACGCCGGGCUGCGCAGCUCACCAAAAUACCAAAUUGUGCUUGGGCACGCCUUGUUGGUGUGGCGGACCUGACUUACGCUGGGCCUACGCCGUGCUGCCAAGGCACGAAAAUAGAGCCCAUGGAGUCAUUUGUCUUGAACAUCUUAACGGUCAAUUUUCUUUUUAACUUUGACUUCCUGUCUUCUCUCAUGGCUUUGGUCCUGAUAUUAGUAGCUGGCUGGUUAAAAACAGGCUGUCUUUCAAACCAAAGAUAAUGUUUGAGUUACUUUUGGUGAAGAGACACAUAAAAUGACUCUUCCAUUAAAUAUUGUGUGAUAUUUAUGUUGUUACAGACUUUCUAACUGUGAACUCUCAGAGAUUCACUGUGAAGUUGUGGCCUCAGCUCUGAAGUCCAACCCCUCGCAUCUGAGACAUCUGGACCUUAGCGGAAACAAACUGCAGGAUUCAGGAGUGAAGCUUCUCUCUGUAGGACUGGAGAGUCCAAACUGCAGACUGGAGACUCUCAAGUCAGACAUCAUUUCCUUCUGAUCUAACAAUAAGAUGUGACAGUUUCUGCCUUAGAUUUUUGUUCUCUGUGGUUUUUCCAUCAACUUUGGUCAAGCAGUUUGAAUUUGUAGUUGUAAAACUUCAGCACAAGUAGAAAAAUCUGACAUUUCAGAGUUGACUUUGAGGAGAACGAUGGAUGUAGAAAGGAAGCAGGAGAAAAUCAGUCACACAAAUAUUACACAUGCUUGUAGAGGGCAGAAGCAGCACAGACUAAAGGCUGAUAUUGAACUGAUCCACAGUUAAUGUGAUUACUAAUGAAUGAAUGAAGUGUCAGAGAAACGAUGAGCUGCAGAUUUAAACCUGAAGAACAAAGUUAAUCCAACUCUAAAUAUUUUAUUUUGAAACUCUUAAAAACUUAAAUCUCUUCUUUGCUCAGUUGUGUUCAAAUGUAAAUACCAGAUCCAGAUUUUUCUGCAGUUUUCACUUCAGUUUGUUGAACAUUAACAUCAUCUUGUCCAGUUGGUUCAUAAAAACCUCUCUGAUAAAUGAUCUGUUGGUUUAUUUACAAGUAGUUUGGCAGUUGUUGACAGCAGACAGACAGACCCCUGAAUAUACUCCUGACUAUUUAAAUCUUGAUAAAGAAUUCAGGACUACAAAAAAAUCUUACUAAAGUUUUUGUUAUCUUUAAAAAUUUCUCGACUGAAAAAUUCAGCGGGAUCCUCAGAAAAGUUAAGAGAGGAUUUUACAAAGUUCCUCAAGAUCAACUCUGAAAAAGUUCUUCUUCCAUGUCCUUCAGGGGCUCAAGAACAUUGAAUCAUUAAAAGCAGGAACAGUUUCUUCAGAAGUUCAAUGAUUUUUUCUUUUUCUUUUUUCAGACUGUGGGACUGCAGUUUGUCAGAGAUCAGCUUUUCUUCUCUGGUCUCAGCUCUGAAGUCCAACCCCUCCCAUCUGAGAUAUCUGGACCUGGGUCACAACAAUCUGCAGGAUUCAGGAGUGAAGCUGCUGUGCGACUUUUUGCAGAGUCCAAACUGUACACUGGAGACUCUUAAGUGAGACUUUUUUUCCCCAUUCAAACAUUAGCGUGAUUUGUUUGUGAUGAUGACACUAACCUGAUGACUCAGGACUGAAAUACUGACCAAGACUGAACAUCUUCAGUCCAGAGUAAAUUUUCUGCAUCAGUGGAUUAUUUGAUUGACUCCAGUUAGAUCACUGCUAAGCUCCAGUGAAUUAAAACCUGAACACAGGAAGAAAACUCUUUGUAGAGUUCACAGUGAGAAGCACAUUCAGACAGAAAACAGAAGCAGGGGGAGAUUUGUCAGAUGAGAACCAUUCAAACUUUUGUUCAGGACAAGAUCAAGGAAUAAAAAAAACUCAGUUUCGUUUCCGACUCUAAUGAAAGUCCAGCUCUGUUUCUUUGAAUUUUGUUUUGUUUUUAAAUCUUUGUGUGAAAAUCUGAUUUUUAUGGUCUAUCUGCACUUUUCUGAAGCCUUGCUGUGUUUAGACCAAAAUAUUUACCUUUCAAAGAGAUUAUAUUUUUGGUUUAGCAAAGUGAAAAUAUUCUGAACAUCACUUAUUUCCCCAUCCAUCCUGAAGUCGCUGACAUUUUCUGGGAAAUGUUGUUCUGCAUCUACAGUCAGUGAAAAAGAAUCUGAGUUUGUUUUCACUAUUUAAAGUGUAAUUGAAGUCACUGUUUCAAACUUACUUCCUGUUUGGUUCAGCUCUUUGGAGCGUCACUUUUCUUUGAUUCCAAACCUUUUCCUCGCUCCCUACAGAUUUAAGACAUCAGAUUUUAAACUAGAUCAUUUUUGUCUAAAAUCUCAUUAUUUCCUCUUUAUUUAGGUUGUAUUACUGCAGGUUGACAAAGAUCAGCUGUUCUUCUCUGGCCUCAGCUCUGAAGUCCAACCCCUCCCAUCUGAGAGAGCUUAACCUGUGUUAUAACAAUCUGCAGGAUGCAGAUGUGAAGCCGCUGUGUGAUCUUGAGAAGAGUCCAGACUACAGACUGGAGGAUCUGAGGUCAGUAUAGAGUUGGAGUUAGUUUUUGCUGAUCUCUCCUGUUACACUGCACACAGUAUCACAGCUGAUAUUCAGUGUUUCCUGCGGACUCUUCGACCCUCUCAGAGGAUUAUUUCUAAAAUGAAGCUAUGAGAACAGAAAUCAUCAAAUGAGGAGUGUACACAGUAUCCAAACUCUUCAGGGAUUGAGGUUGUAAUCAUGAAAGAUAUUUAUUGUACAAAAUUUGAAAAAUCAUUCAUUUAUUUUAUAGAAUCUCUGUUAAACUGAUUUACAUUGUUCACUUUUUUAAACUGUAUUUUAUCAUUUUGAGUUUCUCUUACAUCUUGGUGUAUUGCAAUUGCUAAUAACUCUUGUGCUGCCCUCGCGGGUCAAAAAGACCCUGUCUGUAUAGAUUGAGAAUUGCAACCAUCAUGAUUCCUUGGUAGGUCAAAAAUACCCACAGUGGAAGUUGCAGGUGUUUUGUAUGAUGUGUUGGAUAGUGGAGAAGAAGGUUCUUACAUGUUUGCAUUUUAGAAAAAGGUACUCCAAAUCUUCAUCACAUUUAUUACAUUUUGUACACUGUCUCAGGUAUUUGUUCUUGUUUGGUUGAUGCAGAACGAUGCCUUUAAAAAUCCCCCUGUGAUUGAUUUGACAUUGAAACCGAGACAGAUUUGAACCCAAAUCUUUCUGUGGUGGGUGGUCGUUCGAUGGUGGAUAUGAGGAGUUUUUACCAUGUGUUUGUUUUAAUUUCUUGAAUGGGGACCAGGAUAUUUCUGUGGCACAGGAGGAAAUUCAAGUCAUUGUUCUGCAUCGAGUUGUCUUUUGUCUGCUUUAUUUCAUUGCAAAAGGCUAUGACUGCAUUCCCAAUGUUUUUCACCAAUGUGCUGAUGCUGCUCUUCCUGAAAUGUAUGUUUUUGCUCUUUAAAACACCACACAUUUAUUUUAGUUUGAUAUUAAAAUCUUCAGCCAAAAUGUUUUGGACCAAACUAACUCUGCCUCCUUCAGGUGUGAGCUAGUGAUGUCCUUCCUUUAUGCAGAAAGCAAAAAUUCUUAAGGAAGUGUAAUCAAAACACAUAUAACACAUAACACAUAUCGGCUUGAGGUGGGGCAGCAAUUUGCCCCACAUCUCAAAGAUCUCCUUCUCCGGGUGAAGCAUACACAAAUUGUAUACGUCCCUCAUCCCAAAGUCGGCGUGCCAGCACGUCUUCCCAGGAAUUCCAGAUUCAGAAAUUUACUGACUGAUUUGGCCCUGAGCGUGCCUUUUUUGGGUCUGAUGUCAAUCAGCCCGAAACCCCCCUCCCUUUUAUUAGCAAUUAACACUCCGUAAGCAAUCAAAUUUCCCUUUCCCUUCCAUAAGAAGGAGGACAUAGCACUGUUCAGUGAAUUUAGCGCCCAUUGCAGCAGCUUACAGACAGCCACUUUGUGGUUUAUUUCAGUACUAGAGCAUUUAUCACUAUUAGCCUUCUUUUGAGUGUCAAGCCUCUGGCCUUUCAGAGAUUUAGCUGUUUUUUUUUUUUUUUUCAAUUACACACUCCCGAUUUUUUUUCAUUGUCUCAUUUUAUUUUUACCGAUAUAUACCCCUAAGAUUUUUCUAUGGUUUUGUAUUUCAAAAAAGAUUCCAUAUAUUUUCUUCACAUUCAUUUAGCCCACAGUGCAUUAUAUCACAUGCUCUAAAACUUUACUUGCAUUAUCCUUUACGGUUAAUGUCAUCUGUGUGUCGUACUACUUUGGUACUCUAAGUACCAUAUUUAGUCAUGAUGCCUUCUACUUCGGGCAGCACAGUGGUGUAGUGGUUAGCACUGUCACCUCACAGCAAGAAGGUCCUGGGUUUGAAUCCGGGUCAGGGUGUUUCUGUAUGGAGUUUGCAUGUUCUCCCUGUGUCUGCGUGGGUUUACUCCAGUUUCCUCCCACAUCCCAAAAACAUGCAUAAGUGGGGUUAGGUUAAUUGGCCACUUUCAAAUUGGCCGUAGGUGUGAAUGUGAGUGUGGAUGGUUGUUCGUCUUUUUAUUUCAGCCCUGCAAUGAACUGGCGAGUUGUCCCAUGCCUUCGCCCGAAGAUGCUAGGAUAGGCUCCAGACCCUCAGCGGGAAUAAGCAGUAGAAAAUGAAUGAAUGAAUGCCUUCUAUUUCUCUGUCUUUUAUGAUAUGGAGUGCUAGGGGCUCUGCCACAAGAGAAUCUUUCCAGUGCAAAAUGAUUUGUCAGGAGUCCAUUUAUUCAGCUUUUAGCAUUGCUAUACAAUAUUUUAAUCCAUUUCAUAAAACUUUGUUCAAAACCGAAAGUUUUCAAAGUGCUAAAAAGAAAACCAUGAUCUACUCUGUCUAAAGCUUUUUCUAGAUCUAUUCCCAAGAGUGUGCCCUGUGUCCUCUGCAUUCGUUAGACCAUUUCUUUUAUGGUUAAUAUUGAGUCUGAUAAAUCUCUUUGUGGGAUUCUGUAAGAUUGUGAUGUGAUGACUAGAGAGCCAAUAACCUGUUUUAAUCUGUUUGCCAGUUCCCUAACCCCUUUCUUGAAAAUCAGAGUGAUUGUUACUUCUACUAAUAUGGGCGGUACAUUUUGGUCAUAGGAAAUAGUUCUGUAUAGUUUGAGCAGUAAUGAGACCAGAUGCCUCUUGAAAAUGCAAUAAGAUUCAGCAGUCAACCUGUCAGAGCCAGGGCUCUUGUUGUUGUUUUGAUUGUUUAUGGCUUCUUCAAUUUUAUUUGCGGUUAGGUCUGUUUUGCACCAGUUUCUGUCUUUAGCUAACAAGGUAUUUUCUAUGGAUUGUAAGUAUUGUGGUAAUGUAUCUUUUUCUAUAUCAGUUUGUUUUGAAAAUAGAUCUUUGUAGAAAGCAUGAGUGCAUGACAUUAUUUUAUCCAUUUCAGUGUAGUUGUUCCUAUCUUGAUCUGUUUGUUGUGCUAUGUAUGAUUUUUUUCUUGUUUUUUCUAAACUUCUUAUGAUUUCUUUCUUUUUUACUAUAGUUAAUGCAUGCUGUUUUUUCUUCUGUUAUUCAGACUGUCCCAAGAUUAAAUAAAAUGUUUAUUGUCUAUUUUUUCUGCUUGAAAUUCUUCAAAAAGCUGUUUGAUGUUGUAUAAAAGGGGUUUGUCCUUUAAAAUGCUGGCAUUUAAACACCACAGUCCCUUGCCCCUGUUUUUUUUUUGCGCUGUGCCUAGCUCCCAUUGGAGCAGGUCAUGGUCACUCCAUGUGUUACAUUCAUAUUCUACCUUAUUUAUCUCAAAAAUCGUGUUCAAAGCUGCCAAUAGUAAAUCUAUUUCAGAUUGUUUGAGUGUACCCACCACAGUUUGUUUUCUUGAAAAAUACCUAUAUAAUUAAUAAAUAAUGUACUAUGCAUUCUCUAUAUAUCCACUAAAUUAUAGUUUUGUAAUAUUUUUAAUAGAAGAGUUCUGGAUGUAUCAUUUUUAGGGCCCGAGCCGACACUGCAAGCAGCGCACGAGAUUAUUUAUUAUUAUUAUUAUAAACUGUAACUUUUUUUUAUUUUAAUUUUUUUACUUUUUUACCCUCUAGACAGGCUCAAAAACUCCUGAAAUUUUGCAGGCGGGUCGGGUCAAAGUACGUAUUUUGCCAUUCCCCUAUAGAUAUACACUCACCGGCCACUUUAUUAGGUACACCUGUCCAACUGCUCGUUAACACUUAAUUUCUAAUCAGCCAAUCACAUGGCGGCAACUUAGUGCAUUUAGGCAUGUAGACAUGCUCAAGACAAUCUCCUGCAGUUCAAACCGAGCAUCAGUAUGGGGAAGAAAGGUGAUUUGAGUGACUUUGAACGUGGCAUGGUUGUUGGUGCCAGAAGGGCUGGUCUGAGUAUUCCAGAAACUGCUGAUCUACUGGGAUUUUCACGCACAACCAUCUCUAGGGUUUACAGAGAAUGGUCCGAAAAAGAAAAAAUAUCCAGUGAGCGGCAGUUCUGUGAGCGGAAAUGCCUUGUUGAUGCCAGAGGUCAGAGGAGAAUGGGCAGACUGGUUCGAGCUGAUAGAAAGGCAACAGUGACUCAAAUAACCACCCGUUACAACCAAGGUAGGCAGAAGAGCAUCUCUGAACGCACAGUACGUCGAACUUUGAGGCAGAUGGGCUACAGCAGCAGAAGACCACACCGGGUGCCACUCCUUUCAGCUAAGAACAGGAAACUGAGGCUACAAUUUGCACAAGCUCAUCGAAAUUGGACAAUAGAAGAUUGGAAAAACGUUGCCUGGUCUGAUGAGUCUCGAUUUCUGCUGCGACAUUCGGAUGGUAGGGUCAGAAUUUGGCGUCAACAACAUGAAAGCAUGGAUCCAUCCUGCCUUGUAUCAACGGUUCAGGCUGGUGGUGGUGGUGUCAUGGUGUGGGGAAUAUUUUCUUGGCACUCUUUGGGCCCCUUGGUACCAAUUGAGCAUCGUUGCAACGCCACAGCCUACCUGAGUAUUGUUGCUGACCAUGUCCAUCCCUUUAUGACCAUAAUGUACCCAACUUCUGACGGCUACUUUCAGCAGGAUAAUGCGCCAUGUCAUAAAGCUGGAAUCAUCUCAGACUGGUUUCUUGAACAUGACAAUGAGUUCACUGUACUCAAAUGGCCUCCACAGUCACCAGAUCUCAAUCCAAUAGAGCAUCUUUGGGAUGUGGUGGAACGGGAGAUUCGCAUCAUGGAUGUGCAGCCGACAAAUCUGCGGCAACUGUGUGAUGCCAUCAUGUCAAUAUGGACCAAGCUCUCUGAGGAAUGCUUCCAGCACCUUGUUGAAUCUAUGCCACGAAGAAUUGAGGCAGUUCUGAAGGCAAAAGGGGGUCCAACCCGUUACUAGCAUGGUGUACCUAAUAAAGUGGCCGGUGAGUGUAUAUAUAUGAAAAAAAAUGACUGGCUAGCACACCCUACAGUUUUUAUGCUGGCGGAGUUUCCUGUAUAAUUUCCCAUACACUGGUUCUACCUCCACAAGAUUUUAGUCAUUUGAUAACAGUCCAACACCGGACAAUGUGACACCAAACUUACGUCAGUAUGUCUUAGCGCUACCUGGUGGCAGAGGGGAUUGCGUUUUUUGGUUAAUGGCCUGUAACUCCUUCUUUAUGGAUGGGAUUUGUUCAGGACACACCUGAUACGGUACCAGAUAAGCUAAAAAAAUCAACACUUUGUUUCGUUAAAACUGCGCCUAGGUGGCGCUUUGAAAUGUCUCCAAAAAAAUAGCAAUCUGUGAUAUUGCUAUAGAUAUGCACAGCCACAUAAAAUCUGGUACACAGAUCAGGAAGGGCGUCCUGUUGAGGGCUCCAAUGUCAAAUUUGAGAUCCAACCAAAAAUGGCUACAUAGCGCCCACUACAAAAUUUCAAAAUGUAAGCCUCAUUUCUGUGUGUGACCCAAACCUAUGGAACCAAGGACACUUACGUUGGACCCCAAGAUGAACAAAAAGGGCUCCGAUGUCAAAAUUAGAAUCUAACUAAAAAUGGCUACAUAGCGCCCCCUACAAAAUUUCAAAAUGUAAGCCUCAUUUCUGUGUGUGACCCAGACCUAUGGAAUCAAUGACCCCAAGACGAACAAAAAGGGGAGUCGGUCCACAGAGGCGGGGCGUAAUACAGCUUGGGCCCAUCUAUAAUGAGCGUUUUACCCUUUUUGUCUUCAUAAAUUACUUUGAUAUUAUUUAUUAGGUCAUUUAUUAUCAGAAUUAAAUAAGUUGUCCUCCCAGCAGAGACAGAGACCAUUGACAUUUAGGGGCUGGGGACCGAAGCUGCAUUGUUCAUCGUCGCCACCUGUCUUCUGGAAUUUGUUUCAGCCUUGGAGAGUUUAUUUUGUGGUGGAUGAGACAUGGUGCUCGCUGGCAGGUCAAGAGGGGCGUCGGGGAUCGGGGAUGGCUUGCACCGCCGGCGUCUCCUUCAUCACCAGCACACCCAUAAGGGAUCCCCAGAUCCAGAUACCAGAUCCGGCCCAGUGUCUAGAUGCACGACAGCCCUAAACGGCCCGAUUCCCGAUUUCAGCUCAGUGCCAGACCAGACCCAGAACUAGUGCAGUGCUAGUUUAAAAGUCUCAUAUGUGUCCCAGAUAUGGCCAGAUCCAUGACCACAACCAGCAACAGCAUCAGAUCCAUCCCAAGUACGGCCUGGAUCCAUGAAUCACCUCCAGAUCAGCUCUGGCCCAGCUCAGUUUCACAGCACACUUUGCAUGCAUACCAAUAGUGUAAUUAAUCAAAAUUAAAUUGACUGAAUUCUAGAUGAUUGUGGGCAUCAAAUCUCUACAGUUUCUGACUUAUAUAAAGUUACUACAGGUGACUGUAGUAACUUAAAAUCCAAGUUGUUGGAACAAGAUUGUAAAUCCAUUCCCUUUUUUUUAUUUUACUCCACUACUAUCACUAUGGCAAGCCAGAAGGAACAUAAAAGAUAAACACCAAAAAUUUGGCAGCUGAUUUUUCCCAUUGCAUGUUGAAUUUUAUACAGCACCACCGUCUGUUAUAACACUGAUAUUGCGAAAGGAAAUCCACUUUAAGGGCUUUUUAAAUGGAUUUACUAAGAGCAUAGUGGUAGUAAGAUAAUCGGACAUCAUUUUUUUAAAUGCUGUAAAAACCCUGAACAUGAUGACUGAAUUGUGCAGACAGAUGAACCCCCUGAAAUAGUAGUCUAAUGCUUGCUAAAGCAAAAACACACUUGUAGGAGCCACAUUUGAGUUUGUAUUCACAUGGUUAACAUUAGGUUUUUAUUGACCUUUCAGUUUUGUCCGCACCCUCCACAGGUGGUGAGGGCGUUCGCCUGUAAGUAGGGGCAGCUGACGCACAGCCACAUGACGGCUCUCAACACAUACUAUCAUUUGACUGAAGGCUUUAAAUGCAGUGAUAUAUUGUUUAAAAAAACCUUUGUAACUCAUUUAUUUUAUUCAUUUAUUUUUGGAAUAAAAACAACGCAACUUUAUCCAGCUCUCCAGGGAGUCAUUUUUUGAUAUUUUGCACGUGUGAUGAUGCUGUGAAGAUGUUGCUGUUCAAACCAGGAAUAAAGAUAAUUGAAGUAAUUUUAAUGUAAUUAAAGUCCCAAUAAUAACAUAAAUUUAAAUGAUUUUCUUUUUUUAAAUGUAGGACUUUGAUAUGAAAUUGCUCAAAAAUGAUACAGUAAAUAGGAAAAGUUCUCAGUGUGUCAGUAGUUACAGAUGUCUUCUGCUCAAGUAUAUCAAGCAUUGUCAGACAUUGUGGAACAAUUUGCUUUUACAGUGUCCGAAAAAUGAAAAAUGUAACUAUUUCAAAGAACAAAUGUGGGACUUUUAAUUUGAAAUUGCUCAAAAAUGAUAGAGUAAAAAAAAUCAAGUCUCAGGGCUCCGUUUUCGUGCCUCACCGGCGGCGUGGCGUAGGCGCGCCAUAAGUCAGGUUUGUCGCGCCGAUAAGGUGUGCCCAAGCACAUUUUGGUAUUUUGGUGAGCGGCACAGCCUGGUGUAAGUAUCCCCCCUGUUAAAUAUAAAUGUUAAAUAUAAAUGUUAAAUAUAAAUAUAGAUGUUAAAUAUAAAUGUAAAUGUUAAAUAUAAUGUGUGUAUAAAUGUGCCAAAAUAAAAGCUCCAGAAGGUCAUAUUGAUGAUUCUUGUGUCGAAGAAAAUGAAUUAAAACCAAUUUAAGGGGGAACAAAUACUUGGGGUGACGUUUCGUGUUAAUAACUACCUACAAUAGCAACAGCAACAACAACAACUUUAUUAGAAAGACUUUUCAGUUUUCAGUGUCGCUUCUCCGUGUGGCGCGGACACUGUACGAAGACACGCACACACAAAUGCAGGCGCACACAUGAUACUGCUCCUUGGCUACUCAUCAAUUCAUGUAGUGCUUUGGCCAAACGGGUAGCGCAUAUGACUCUGAUGCAGGAAACCGGGGUUUGAAACUCUCCAUGAUCUCUUUUGCCACUUUGUCUUUUGGGUCAUUUAUUCAUUCAUUCAUUUAUUUAUUUAUUAGCUUAAUUUAAUUCAUUCACUGCCAUUUAGAAGAGUCUGGUGCAGGUUGUCAGCAAAUCUUGUGUGUUUUUUUUGGGGGGUCGGAUUUUCCACUUUCGACCAACAAUCCGCCCAUCCUUUGCACCUUUGGAAACAUGCAUCCAUCAUGCAAGGCCAACAUAUUUCCCUCAGAUAUUGAUAUGAAGACUCUGGCUGAACGUGUGUUUAAUUAUGCGAUUGCACAAUCACGUUUUACUGGAGGGACUGAUCAGGGCACUUCAUGCAUAGCACAUUUCUUUAGCUUUUGAUUACUGGAUGUAAUGACAUCAGAACACAAAAGAAAAUGCUGCUAACAUCUGCUAAAUGUCUCUUCAGGCCCCUGCCACACCUGGACCAGCCACAAACAGCACCUCCACCGGGACAAACCGCUCGGUAUGCACUUAUGACAUAGUCAGUGGUUUAUGCUUCUAUCCUAAUGUCGCCAGUUAGACACUGUCAGUAGGUCUCCAUCUACUGUUUGCAUCAACUUUAAAAAUGUAUCGAUGUCAUGUAAUUUAUGUGUUUCAUUGAUUUCAGUGACAAUAUAAUGAAAAUAUAAUUACACAUCUUUAAAAUGCAGUAUUGGCUAUGAAAUAUCAACUUUCUUCUCAGUUUUGACCAAAAUAAAUCACUUCUAUAACAGAAUAACAAACCAUUAGAGCUUGUGUUUUGCAAUCUCAUAUUGAAGAUUUUAUUUAUUACCCAGCCAAGUUGAUGGCGAUGCCAAGGGAUCUGACAAUACAAGUAUAUUGAUUGUAACUGUUUUGUGUCCUUUCCUUUUUGUAGGAUGGACAACCGUCAAUCUCAAAAGAAGAAAUUGAAGGUCUGCUGCAGCUGGGAACAACACUCACUGAAGUUGCUUCAGUGCUACAGAUCUCCAGACCAACAUUGUACAAGUUGAUGCGUAAAUUUAACAUGAGGCACACCAAAUUCUGUGUAAUUUCCAAUGAGGAAUUGGAUGCAACAGUAAGCAACAUAAAAUCAGAACAUCCUUAUAUAGGUGAAGUUAUGCAUUUGCGGGCAAGAAACAUUGUGAUUCGGCGACAUCGUCUCAGAAACUCCAUAAAAAGGGUUGAUAGUGCUGGUGUUGCGUCGAGAAGUACAACAACAGUUCAAAGAAGAGUGUACACUGUGCCUUGUCCAAACUGUAUAUGGCACAUUGAUGGAAAUCAUAAAUUAAUUCGAUGGAAACUGGUUGUACACAGUGCAAUGGAUGGCUACAGCAGAAUGUUGACAUUCCUCCAGUGUGCCAACAACAACAGGGCUGAGGCUGUCAUGGACCUCUUCGGUACAGCCAUCAGUGAAUUUGACCGGCCAAUUCACAUCAGAACUGAUCAUGGAGGGGAAAAUGUCAAGAUUUGGGAUGACAUGAGGGUGCAUAGAGGUGAUAGUUCUGUUUUGACAGGAAGUUCUGUUCAUAAUCAACGAAUUGAGAGAUUCAACCGUGAUUUGAACAGAAACUGCCGUGAUGUGUUUGCACCAAUAUUCUAUUAGCUAGAGAGCAUGGAGGCCUUGGAUGUAGACAAUGAAUCUGAUUUGUUUUGUAUUCAUUUUGUGUACAUUCCAAGGAUCAAUCACACGUUACACAGGUUUAAAUCUGCAUUCAAUCAUCAUUCAGUCUCCUCUGAGGGGAACAGAACCCCCCUUCAGCUUUUCACACUCGACAAACAUCUUCUCACACUACACUAUCCUGAGGCUGCAACUGAGGAAACAGUGGAAUUUUUAUCAGUAUCUCAAGCACAUUCCUGCUUUUGCCCACUCAACCAGCAGGAGCUGCAAGAAUUGGUGGUUGCUGUUGACCCUCUUGAAGAUGAUGGUAACAAGGAGAAAAUAUUGUAUCAUAGAGUACAGGAAUUCGUAUAUAACAAAAUUGUGAAUGUCUAAAUCUUUGAGGCCAUUGAAAUGUGACAUUAGCGUGUCAAUCGGUAGUGGUAUACGUUUGAAAAAAAAUGCUGUACUGUUAUUUGGGGUAGGCUGGUAGAAAGGCUGUUUUAAGAUUAGCUCAACAUUUUUUGGACAUUAAGUAUAAAAUGUAUGAAGAGAGAAUUAAAUGAAAAUGCAUCAGCAGACAUUCAAUUGGUUUAUUGGCUUUUAAAUGCAUAGUAGUACUGUGCAUGCCUACAUACCUACAUACUAUGCAUACUGCUGACACCAAACAACUUCUCAAACUUUCCCACACCAAAAAUCGAGUGAAACCCUGAAAAUUAUUAAAUUGUGCUGAAUACAGAUCCAUUCAUCAGUGCAACAAGAAAACAGUAGUUGAAUUCAUCAUUAUCCUGGGUUGUAGUUGCAUUCACAAAAAGCUCAAGCUCAUUAGCACAAGUGUGUGCAACGGGAAGAUUCUUUUUUCCAUCAUGAUUGAAUGUCAACUUCGGAGUCGGCUGGAAGCCAAUGGCAGGGACUUUGCUGCUCCCUGUAGCAAAUGCCAGGGAAUGACUGGGACUCAGAAUGUUGAGGAAAGCAUCUUCCUCGUCGGUAAGAAGGUCUUCGAAUGUGGCUCUCAGCUCUUUAUCUAAAGCAAAGAAAAUCAAGUUAUAACCAGUAGACUGAAAAAUACUGAAGUUUGCUAUGAUUGAAGCAUUCAUGCUAUUAUACUUUGGUGAAAAAGCAACUAUGGUAUGUUCUUAGAAGUGCAUAAACAUUGGGUAGAUUAUCAACUCAUGAACCUUCAUGAGUGGUUGUAAAAAUUAGAAUGAUUAUAAAUAAAUAUCCUAGAUUAGCGGUUCUCAACUGGGAAAGUGUACACAAUCCCCUCCUCUCCUUCCCUCUGUCUCUGCUUUCCUACUCUUGCUCUUCCUCUUCUCCUCUCCACUACUCCAGCUGUGCUGUGUGGCAGCGGUGCAACCUGGUCUAUGCCAGUGGUAUUUAUAUUUAAAAAUAUAGAAAUUUAGGGAUUUCAUCAAAAUUUUUGUCUUCAGUGAAUACAUACACUUCAGAGGAUGAGUUGAGAGGAGGAAGGAAGCAGAAGCCAAGCACAGAGCAGCCUGAGAUGAGAAUGGAUGUAUGGAUAUUGAGACAGACAGACAGACAGAUAGAUAAUCUGUCUAUCAAUCUAUCUUGAGUGGGUGGCGCCCGGAGGAGGGGGGCCUAACUGCAUUGAUCCAGCGUUGGGGGGGCCCAGCUUUCAAAAGGUUUAGAACCCCUGUCCUAGAUUUCGUUAUUGUUAAAUAUCCUGAGUAAAGAGUAUCUUUCAACUUACCUUCAAUACAUUGGAGAAAGUCUCGAAACUUUACCACUAUCAACUCCUCUUUUGCUCUUCGGUUACUUCUCAGUACUGAGUAGCUUGGUUUAAGAAGAGCAGCAACAAGAUCCGCUGCCAGAUCACUGUCCUGUUCUGGCAUGUCAAGGAGAACAUGCAAACCAGGGUUCUCUCUCAGGAGAGAUAAAACCUGAAGGGGUAGUCACAAAAAAAAAUGAUUGUGGUUAAAUAAUGUAGGUUUUCAAAUCUAAACCAGUUUUAAUAAAAUUUCAUGUCGUGAAAAAUGUUAUUACAACAUUUCAUGUCAUAAAACGACCCAUGCUAAUAUAUAUCUAUGGGCCUUUUUAUAGAUAUAUAUACUAAUCCCUUAAAUUUUUUAAACUUUUAUUACAGCUAGGUAUUAAUCGAACAUGAGAACUAAGGUAAAUCUUACUCCAUAGUAGGACAAGCCAUCAAGCAGUUGGUCGAGAGAGCUUUGCCGUUGAAGAAUUCCAUGGUAAAGGGCUGCAUUUUUGACAAAAUGUCUCUGUUGUCCAUUGUGACCAUGUGGGGAAGACUCUCAACUUGAAAUCGCCACGAAUCACAGCAGCUGACUGCUUCCUCCAAUUCAUGUGGUUGAUGUGGUACAUCAAGGGCUCUAUUUUCGUGCCUCGUCGGAGACGUGCCGCAAGCGCGGCGUGACUCAGGUCCGCCGCGCUGACAAGGCGUGUCCAAGCACAUUUUGGUAUUUUGGUGAGCAGCGCAGCCCAAGCAGCUUCCAAGUAUCCCCCCUCCCUAACUCAGCCCCUCCCAGCAGUGUAAGUCGUAGACGGGGAGGAGAGAAGGUGUGGAGUGGAUUUAACAUAGCCGAGUCCAAUUUGCGCCAAUCAAAUAACCUCCUCUCCUCGCCUUUAAAUCCGCCGUAUUGGCAUUUUCGUGCAGGAGACUUGCAGAUGGCAGAAAUGGAAGAAAUGAGUGCGAGACAGCCGAACUUCUCCCAGGAGGAAACUGAUGUUCUGGUCCGGGAGGUCCAGUCUCGCAGUGGCCGGAUAUACGUUCACGCAAACAGACCUCCACGAGCCGAUGAUGCAAAAGCAGCCUGGGAGGAGGUAAGUACUGCUGUCAACCAAGUUUGCCCGGACGUGCUGAGAACCGCUGCGCAAUGCAAAAAGCGGUUCAAUGAUGUUAGAUGAUGGGCUAAACUGAAAUGAUCCCAACACCAUCGCCAGAUGGCAACGACCGGAGGUGGCCCCUCACCGAGUGUGGUGCUGAGCCCUGCCGAGGACGUGGCGUCCUCCACACUCCCCAAAAUCAGUAUCGAGGGGUUUGGUGUCUUUGAGGUUGGACUCACGGGUAAGACAAACAUUCUUUUCCACAAAUAAAGACACUAACAUCAUGUAUAUUUAACCACGUGUUACAAAGGUGUGUUGUGUGCACAGGUGAUCUGAAAAAAUGCCAUGCGUAAUGGGAUUGAAAUCGGAACCACCUGUGCGUAAAGACAGAUCAAACAAAGCCUGAUUGUAUUUUCCUCCCCCUUUCCGCUAAUGUUUGCAUGUGAAAUGAACUUGGCUCACACAAUUUAUAACUUCUUUAUUCUAAAUUAAAGUAUUAACAUUUUUAAAAAAAAUGAAUUUCUAUGAUCUACUAAAAUAAAAUUUUUGGUCAGCCUCGGCAGAAUUGCCGCCGUCGCGGCAGCAGCAGCACCACAGAAGAGAGGAGGAGGAGGAAGAACAGCAGCAGCAGCAGCAGCAGGUGGUCAGGGAGGAGGAGAAGGAGGGAGAGGAGGACGAAGAUGACCAUGAGGAGGAGGGCGAGGAGGACCAGGGGGAGCCGGAGCCGGUGCCGGAGACGCAGGAGGGGGCAGGACACAGACACGAGCCGGCAACACAGGGUCGGAGACGAAACCGGGUUCAGCGGGAGGACCGGCCCUUCCUGGACACCCAGCGGGCUGGUUUUCAGAUGUUGGAGAGGGAGCUGGGGUCGAUGGGGGCGCGGCUUGGGUCGCUGGAGGCCCAGGUGAAGUUGUUUCAGGAGGUCCUCCAGGCCAGCCUGCUCCCCCUAGCCUCUGGCGUUGCUACACUACAGCGACUGUUCCAGGUAGCCGAAAGGCUGCUGCCACCAGCACAAUCAUCUGCCCCCGCCUGUCCCCGGUGACCAGGGAGGGAAGGGAAACAUAUUUAAAACUGAAAAGCCCUCAGAAAGCGCAGACCUCCGCCAAGUAUAUGACAUAGGUUACAUACACAUAUGCUGAAAAUGGCCCUAUAUCGCAAUGAUAAAGAAUCCUUCAAAAAAUUCCUUAAUCCAGAUGGUGAUCCGGAUCAACUCCAAAACUUAAUCACUUCUUCCUUUUCUCAGUCUGGACAUAUCCUGAACAUUUCAUAAAAGUUGGUCCAUAACUUUUGAGUUAUGUUGUUCACAAACAGACAGACAGACAGACAGACUCUCCUAUUAACCUCCCUGGCAGAGGUAAUAAUAAUAAGAGUAUAUCUUUGAAACACAAACUGAUUUACCCACAGAAUGACUUGCCUCUGACCCUUCAUUAUACUAAUAUACAUAAUACUUGUAACUAAUAUCUUUACCUUCAAAAGCUCCACUGUCCUGGAAGAUAGCCUUAACCAGUAGGCGGAAGAAUUCCCGUCUAGGUCCCCCAAGAUCAGCGGCAUCUUCCUCACUACCAUGUUCAUCACUUGCAAAUGUGACAUACAGCAUGUCACAGCUUUCUGCAAACCUGGGCCUCUUGAACUGCUGCAAGGUUGUGGUCCACACAUUGGCUCGACUGAUGAAGAUUUUCCUCGUUCCCGAUGUAAUGACCUUCUCACUAUGAGCUCGUAGAAGGCCUGCAAUUUCUUCCUUGCUCAGCAUUUCAGAGGAUCUAUAUAAAAAUGACAAUGAAAAAGAUAAACAGACCCUUGGACAUCUGUGCAUAAAUUGGACAAUUAACUUGGGAGCAAAUUGUUUUAUUUUGUUUGACAUGUUCACACUGAUGUAGUGAUGAAUUACGCUGAACUGCCUCCUCAAGAGCUUCUUCCUCGUCAAGAUAAAAAGGGCUGAGCAAACAAGGAGAGAAACACACAGCAGAACAUUCAGCAGACAUAACAUAUGCAGUAUAUUGUCAACUUCAAUUGUCGUCAAACUGCUAAACCUUUAAGACCUGUCAAUUCUCUAUCUUGCUUGAUUCAAUUUAAAUUUUUACAUUCUUUUUACAUUUUUAAUAAGAUUACUCAGGAUGUAUUAAUCGACCUUAAAGGAGUAGUUCAACAUUUCUGAAAAUUGUCCUUUCAAUGAUUGUUGGGCGGCCAUUAGCUCAGCCUUGCUGGUUCGAUCCCCCGGCCCAGAGCCGUGUCGAUGUGUCCCUGAGCAAGACACCUUGAUCCACUUGAUCUUGAUGGGUUGUGGUUACUGCUUUGUGUAGCCUUUUCACCAUCAGUGUGUGAAUUGGUGAAUGUGAUCUGUGGUGAAGUGCUCUGUGCACUAGAGCUGAGAAGGCCGCUAUAGUGACCAUUUACCAUUCUCCCUACAGUAUGCAUUGUAUACAGUAGAUCAUAUAAAAUUUGUAAACAUAGGCUACUGUAAAUGAUAAAGUCACUGGGAAAAUCACUAUUGCACAGACAACAAUUUUUUAAGCUGGGAGAGCUACAAGCAGCAUUAUGAUGGCCAAGCACUAAACCCAUUGCCUAUGGACUAAAAGACAAGAAAAGACAUGAUAAAUGAAAACCACAAGAUAAAUGGAAGAGUGGAAAUGGAAUACUGGCAAACACACAGUUCUAUAAAACCAACCUCUCCUUCUCCGGCACACUGGACUUUCAAAGUCAUCCUCAGAUAGUUCCUCAGGUUCCUCCUGGGAAAAAAGGUAUGUGCAAUAUAUAUCAUGUAAAUGAAAUGGAAAAGGAGGGUAUUUAGUAUAAAACUGAUGUAAAAAAAACUGAUGUAAAGCACAGGUACACCGCUACAUGCUCCAGCCACCAACUGAUAUGGAAGAAUAUAACUCGCCAGACAGCAAAGACAAUUGAUGUGAAACUGAAUUUUUCCCCUUUGCACACCAGAUAAUGUACCGUUGCACAGUUGUUUAAAAACAAUGCAUUAAUCUAUAUUAACAAGCAAAAAAAAGCUGAGGAGCAGACUUUUUUUGCUUCGAAUAUACAGUACUGCAUUCCUACUACGCUACUACAUAUUACAAUACAUACUGUGUAUUGUAAUAUGAAAUGCUUACCUGUACAGGUUUGUGCAUUAAUGCCAGUAUAUAUAGACAAGAAGUUGAGGUGAUUGAGCCAACUUCCUUUCCACCCCAAAGAAAGUUGCUUGAGACAUUUGGUUUCAUUAGUUUUUUGCAUCCCUUGACUGUGCUCAAAUACUCAAAGGGCAAUGGUUGGCCGAUGGGUAAUGCAAAUGUUCUUCUGAAAAUGGCAGUAAUUUCAUCUCCAAGUUGAGCUUCAGACGAGUCAGAGGUAAAUGAGAUUUUCCUAAUAAGUCCAUCUUGCGCUAACUUUGCUCUGGAGUCUCCCCUCGGAAUACGUAAUGUUGAAGAAGAUACAGAAGAAGAAGAGAAAGGCAAGCACACAACAUCCCUUGAAAAGCGUUUGCCACUCUUGUUUUUUCUCCAAACUCGUGAGUGUGUGGCAGGUCUAUGAGCGGAACGGAUGGAAGAGGAACCUGAAUUCAAUGAAACACAUAAAUUACAUGACAUCGAUAAGUUUUUAAAGUUGAUGCAAACAGUAGAUGGAGACCUACUGACAGUGUCUUUGAGCAACUACAGGCUCUCUAUACUACUGAUCGAUAACUGGCGACAUUAGGAUAGAAGCAUAAACCACUGACUAUGUCAUAAGUGCAUACCGAGCGGUUUGUCCCGGUGGAGGUGCUGUUUGUGGCUGGUCCAGGUGUGGCAGGGGCCUGAAGAGACAUUUAGCAGAUGUUAGCAGCAUUUUCUUUUGUGCUCUGAUGUCAUUACAUCCAGUAAUCAAAAGCUAAAGAAAUGUGCUAUGCAUGAAGUGCCCUGAUCAGUCCCUCCAGUAAAACCUGAUUGUGCAAUCGCAUAAUUAAACACACGUUCAGCCAGAGUCUUCAUAUCAAUAUCUGAGGGAAAUAUGUUGGCCUUGCAUGAUGGAUGCAUGUUUCCAGUCAUUACUUUACAGAAUGUCAGAGGAAGUCAUUAGAAAUGACUCUGUUCAUUUGCAUAGUGGGAACAGGGUGUCGCAUGAUACAGAUUUUUUUUAAAAUUCCUCACCGUUUUGGCAAGUUCACCCAUUGCAAAUUAUAAAUUACAAAUCCUGCACAUUCCAUCACAUUUUUUAGAAAAUGUACUAAUUAAGUACCGGUACUUUUUACAAGCGACAGUUAAAGCAUACAAACAAACGAAAACUUUACUGAAGGGAAAUCUUGAUGAGGCUAAUGCUAGCAAGUAGUAGUUAAGUAGAGCUAAUAGUUGUAAAGCAAACUUACCGAGUGCCAUGGUGGCCUUGUGGUGGAUGCUGCCACAGCCACCGAUGAAGUUGCAGAGGGAGGAAGACUUCUAAUGGCUGCUAAUACAGCUCUCCCAAUGUUCUCCGCGAGCGCAGAAUCCCCAGACAUUUUUUCGGACCCCGGUUUCCUGCGUCCGAGUUAUACGCGCUACCCGUUUGGCCAAAGCACUACAUGAAUUGAUGAGUAGCCAAGGAGCAGUAUCACGUGUGCACCUGCAUGUGUGUGUGCGUGUGUUCAUACAGUGUCCGCGCCACACGGAGAAGCGACACUGAAAACUCGAGUCUUUCUAAUAAAGUUUUUGUUGUUGCUGUUGCUAUUGUAGGUAGUUAUUAACACGAAACGUCACCCCAAGUAUUUGUUCCCCCCUUAAAUUGGUUUUAAUUCGUUUUCUUCGACACAAGAAUCAUCAAUAUGACCUUCUGGAGCUUUUAUUUUGGCACUUCCAGUUUCCGACCGUGAAUUUGCAUAUUAGCUAAAUAUUUAGUUUCGCCCAACACAUUUAGAUUUAACAUUUACAUUUAUAUUUAUAUUUAACAUUUAUAUUUAGAUUUAACAUUUAGAUUUAUAUUUUACAUUUAGAUUUAACAUUUAUAUUUAGAGUUAACAUUUAGAUUAAACAUAUAUAUUUAACAUUUAGAUUUAGCAUUUAGAUUUAACAUUUAGUUUUAGUAUUUAAAUGUUGUUGUAAAUGUGCAAAAAAAUGACUGCCGAAAAUUCACAUCACUUUUUUAAAUGCUGUUUAAAGCUAAUUGUGACCAAAUCUUGCUGUUGUUUUGCUAAAUGUGACCAAAUCUUUCUGUUAUUUUUAUAAUGGGCUGCUUUACAAACGGCACCCCAUACGCCUGCGCUGAAAGCUGACCAGGUUUGAAUCAGCGAGCUUUCAGCGCACUUUCUACGCCGCCGGCAGGCACAAAAAUAUCAUUGCGCCAGCUGAUUCUGUCAACACCUCCCCCGUCACGUCCCCACGCCCAACUUGGCGGACCUUGGUGCACCUCAGUCUACAAAAAUACCAAGCUGGCUUUGCACCGGGCUCCGCCAGAUGAAAAUGCCACUUCACAGUGUCCACCACCCUCCGACGCGCCACUGGCAAGCACGAAAAUAGAGCCCUCUGUGUUUCAGUAGUCAGAGUUAUCUUUUGCUCAGAUACAUCAAGCAUUGCCAGAAACUAUGGAGCGAUUCGCUUUGAUGGUAACACAAAAGUGAGAUAUGUAACCAUUUACAAAUGUAGGACUGUAAAAGUCAUUAUAAAUGAUACAGUAAAAAUUAAUAAUUCUCAGUGUGAGAGUAGUCACAGAUAUCUUCUACUCAUGUACAUCAAGCAUUGACAGAAAUUAUGGAGCAAUUUGCUUUUACAGUUUUGAAAAAAUUAGAAAAAUAACCUUUUUAAAGUACAAAUGUAGGACCUAUAAUAUGAAAUUCCUUAUAAAUAAUACAGUAAAAGUAAUUUAUUAUCAGUGUGAAAGUUGUCAGAGAUGUCUUUUUUUUUCAUGUACAUCAAGCAUUGUCAGACAUUAUGGAGCAAUUUUCUUUUACAGUUUUGGAAAAAUAAAUGUUUUAAUUUCAAAGUACAAAUGUAGGACAUUUAAUGAGAAAUUGCUCAAAAAUGAUACAGAAAAAAAUAUUGAGUCUCGCUGUUUCAGUAGUCAGAGGUGUCGUUCACUCAGAUACAUUAAGCAUUGCCACAAAUUAUGGAGCAAUUUGCUUUACAGUAACACAAAAGUGAAAAAUGUUUUAAUUUCAAAGUACAAAUGUGGGACUUUAUAUUUGAAAUUCCUUAUAAAUGAUACGGUAAAAAUGAAUUAUUCUCAGUGUGCAAGUCGUCAGAGAUGUCUUCUACCCAUGUAUAUUAAGCAUUGCCAGAAAUAUCUGGUAUUGUCAUGACAUUUUUAUAUCAGAAAUUUUACAUUUACUGUUUCUAGCAUCUGAAGUCCCAAUGGUGCCUCCUCGCUUGUUUGGGAUCGGUAACAUCUUUUUUGGAAAGCUGGAAGUUGGGAUAGUUUGAAUGCAUUUACUGUAAAGGUUUAGAAUAUGAGGGUACGCUAAUUUUAGUGACCACUGAUUUGACAGAGGAAAAAUUAAUGUCCGCUGGCUUGAGCGCAGUCCAGAACCCGAGGUAAACAGUGUAGUGGCGCUACAACACGCAGCGUGUCCCAUUUUAGAAGAAGCUCCUCUCUUACAGACACUUGGCUUACAUUGUUAGAGUGGUUUACCCUUCCAGAGGAAAAGUUACAGGGUCUGUAAGAUCCUGAAGCGUCCCCCAUCUUUUAUGCUUCAUUGAUGUUGAUCCGGCAUUUUAUCUCUUGUCCAGUCUACCUCCUUUUUAAAACAGCUGUUAUUCUGCCAGAGUCUCUGUUAUUUACUCUGUUUUCUUGCUAGUGUUAACAGUCGUGGCCAAAGGAGGAUUCAGACAAUUUUCCGAACUUUCUCAUUGAUUUCUACUGUCCGAUAUUGUAGCACGCUACCUUUUUUGGGCUCGUAAACAUUAUUUGAGGCUGUGAAGCGCGCCGCACAACACGAGGGAGCAGCGUCUGCCUCACAACCAAUCACAUCGGAAAGGUGGAGAAUGGCUUUGUUUACAGUCAGAAUGAGCGGGCGGCUAAAAAUUUUUAAAAUGUUGACUGCACUGGCAUAAGAGAACACAGCGAUAUUGUGAUAUUCUCAAAUGUCAUCAAUAAUAGCUAUGGCUAACAUUAAAAGCCUUUUUGUACAUACACCAAAAAAAUUAUGCUUCUUUAACAGAUUCCUGCCUAUUUCACCUUUUAGUAAGCCUUAUAUGACUGUCACAUUAGCUUAGGGGUAUCGCUGACAUCAUAAUAUACUUGCCAUAUAUACAACAGAGGUAGUAACAGAAACUUAGCCCUAGCAUUGCUAACUUAUGCUAGUGAGGUACUUUCACUUUUGUCUCAUUCAAGAGGUGCCUAGCUCACAUGGCUAAUUUGCAUAUUUACCAAUCAGAUGUGCGAAAAAACUGUCCCUCACUCCUGUUGACCCACGUUUGUAUUAACAUUAGCCGAGGUCAAUUUGCCAUAAAAUGACCAACUUGGGAGAAAGUUCCAGCUAUAGCUAGCUUUAGCGUUGGCCAAACGAGCUACUGCUUGCUUCGAUUUUUACACCAAAUUUGCACUCUCUCGACAUGAACUUUGUUUGUCGUAGUUAUGAAUGUAAAUGGCUUGUUAGUUUUACAAACACUUUAAAGAAGGACACUUUCCAUCUCUGUCUUGCCACAAUGUGGUGCAACAGAUAUACAGGAGGUGGAAGCACGAGAACUGUGAAUGAUGUGAUUAUGCGUUGGAAUAGUCCAAAGUAGCAGCACCAAUUGUAGAUGAGGUGGCGGCGAGACGGGACACCUUAUUUGGCGGCCAUUCGAGUGGCAUCACUAAUAAGAGAAAGGCCACCGAAUGGCACGCCGUUGCUGUGGCGGUUAGUGCAGCUGGCACUGAGCGCAGCGUUGGCGAAAUUAAGAAUAAGUGGUCGGAUCUGAAGAUUGAGGCAAAGAAAAAAGUGGCUUUGCACCGUCGGAGCGUGGCGGCGACAGGUGAGGAUCAGAAAACACAAGCACGUGUGACACUCAUGCAUGUGUUCCAAAAAAACUGCUCCGUUAUCCACCGCUGCUUAUGUGGUGAAAGUUCAUAAACCUAAAAGAUUUAGUCGAAAUAUUUAACAUGGAAACUACUUGUUACAUUUCAAAUUAAAUGCUAAAUCCUGAAAUCAAAAUGUUGAAUGAGAAGUAACCUUUUCUGUGAUGUCGCCAGCACCUUGCAACUUUUGACUGAGCAGAAAGUCUACAAAUUUUACACACAGGUGGCGGCCAGACCACAGAGGAACCAACAACACUUCACUGCAAAAUUGCCUCCGUUACUGGAAGUGCCGGUGUGUGUGGCAUUGUGUCGAAGAGGGAGGGGGACACAGAUUUUGCACGGACUGAGGAGAGUGGUAUGUUACAAUUUUACCCGUUUAUUGAAUCAAAUGUUUGUACAGACACGUGGCAAGAAAUGAUGUGCAUUGUGUCCUCAGUCACUUUGCAGUUGGAAGCAGUGGGAGAGGAGGUGGAGG